AUGACAAUACCUACUGUUAAUGAGAAUUUUCUAUACAAGCCUCUCGACUCUGGUAAUGUCCACCUUUCAAUUCGCGUCCUUCAGCCUCUUCCAGGAGAUAUCUCGGAUCCCCUGUCAUGCACGCUUGAGAAUUAUGCAGAUGCAACUGAGCAAGGCUGGACUUGUUUGUCCUAUACAUGGGGCACGGAGCCUGCCACCAAAGAAAUUACAAUAAACGGUGUUUCUUUCCUGGUGCGAUCCAAUGUUUACAACUUCCUACAGGAGGCUCGCCGCCGGGGUCUUACGAAUUUGUGGAUUGACUCGAUAUGCAUCAACCAAAACGAUAUGGAGGAACGUAAUGCUCAGGUUGGGCUUAUGAGUAGAAUAUUUAGCGAUGCGAAGCUGGUCAUGGUUUGGCUUGGCCAGGGAUCAGAGGCCACAGAACGCGCAUUCAGACUGCUGGAGUCUGGCUUCCCCUCCGACACAGUGUCCAUCAGCCUGGCGUCUGGAAAAGCUGUAUGCUGUCAGAUGUCGUCGGCUGAGUGUUCGUCACUCUUUGAAGCAUGUAAUGCUCCAAUAUGGACACGUCGGUGGGUGAAGCAAGAGAUCUUAAUGCCAAAAACUGCCAUCUUAUGCUAUGGCCAAGCGUCAGUUGGGAUCUCUAUUUUCCUUGCACUGAUGGAUUCUUUGGUUGACUACAGCACAUUUCAUAGUCAUGCUGUGCCCACUGAACCUGUACAAGAGGACGUUUCUAAGGAGGAGCGAGAUGAAGCAGGGACUUGCUUUUACGAAAACAACGAGUCUCAACAGCGACUGCGCCAGUGCGUCAAUGUUUUGGCUCUAUAUCAGACAAAUCGUUUCAAGGGGCGGAAUAUACAUCUUCUUACAUUUCUCGACAUGUUUGAAGACUCGGUAUGCACAGAUUUCCAUGACCAUGUCUAUGCCUUUCGCGGCUUAAUGGAACAAGGCUCGUCACUUCACGUGGACUACAAACUGUCGAAUAGAGGAAUGUUUGUCAACACUCUCGACUUUGUUGCCAGAACCACCCAUCCUCACUUGCGUGGCGCUAGUCCUUCUGAGAGAAACUUCCUUGCCAACAUAUACCAAGGCUUCAAUCUAACUGUCAACGAUCUUGAGGUCAUAUUGGCAUCCUACCGUACCAGGUUUCUAGUCCAGGUUGGCGAGAGCUUUGAGAUGCUCCGCAAGGAUGUUUCUGUCUGGAUCUUCUUAGAUUCUAUUACGGAUCUUGAAGAACUCGUAUCUUCAGCCUGGAGAGCUAGAGAGCUUGUAGACGAUUGCAGAAGUGUUCUGAGGGACCGACAGGAGAUGCAUGAAUACCACACGGUUCUCAACCAGCUACGCAAGGGUCCCGAUAUGAUUGAGCGAGGCGUAUGGCUCUAUGGCCUCCGGAGCUGGAGUGGGCCAAGUCUCGCCGGGUUGCGUGCUGUUUACAAACCUGAGUGGUUUUAUGGGUGCGGACCCGAGACUGCCGGCCAAUUGAACAGUUUGAUUGGGCAAGGUUGUCCUAUUAUGUCAAUGGCGUUCGAUCCAUGUGGUCAAGAUGAAGCUCUUCUAGAGUGGCUGGAUGGGGUGAAGGAUUCUUUGAUUGUGACGGUCACUGAUAGAGACGAUGCGGGCCACCAGAUGCAAAUCUCCGUUUUGACCGGCUGUGACUCAGAGGAAUGUCUCUUGAAACGACGCAUUGGCGGAAUAGUAAAAGAAGAUACAUAG